AUGAUGGUGCCAAGGUCCUAUCCUUACCUCCUUCAUUCUCCGCCUCGCAGUACCAAUUCGGAGAAGAUGGGAAAUCAGACAGCACGAAACCAUAUCUCUGCGCGAUCCAACACCAUUUCUACAGAGAAGCCUGCGUCGAAUAACACUCGAACUAUUCCCACAUCGGAACCUAGAGCGGCUCAACCUUCUGCCACUAUGCUUCCACAAUCGAAGCCUGUUGUCAUCCCGCAUCGCACACCCUUGCGCUCAGCAAACUCGACCCAGACAGUAAGAAUGAGAGGGCAAAAUGGAGGCCGACCCUCGCGUAUGUCAAGGGAUCACAACUCUGGUGCAAUUCCGCCAGCAGUCGCAGCCUUGCUGGCUGUUACAGCGAUCCCCAAGAUGCCCACACGUCGUCGCAAACCCUCUGCUGUGGAUAGGAGGAUAUCUAUGGAUGAGCUGAUUCAAGAGUGGAAACAAGACGACUCCGAAGUACCGCUUUGUGUAUCUGGAUCGCCGAUGGAUUUAUUACUCGGCCGUGUAGACGAGUCGGAAGAUGAAUAUGGCAGCCUACAGAGCAUGGAACAGGGGCGGGAGUCUUUCUUGACAACCAGGUCCAUUUCCACCGACUCGCUAUCCACUUUACCACCAUCUUUGGACUUUGACGGGCUUUCGUAUGCUUCGCAUUGGGAUAAUCUCAGCACACCCGACUCGGUCAGCCGAAAAUCGAUACCUGAGCGCAAAGAGAAGGUCGUGUCGUCGCCACCGAAAGAGGACUGUGUUCUCGACCACCCCCUACUGCAUUUUGGCUCUGAAGAAUGCGAAGAGGUCAUUACAACAGAUGUCUCUGAUAUCACCAUCUCGAGGCCCGCUUCUACGCAAAGAUUCAAGUCCUUCAAAUCUAAUCUGACCGCGUCACUUCAAGCGCUGAAGUCGGCAGCCAAGUCAUUUUCGAAUUUCACCGCACCCUGCGUACCGCCAGAUGACUUUCUUACCCGAUCAUUGUUGUCGCCAGAGUUUACAAGCGAAAUGCGACCCAAACAUCUGGAAGGGCUGCCAUCUCCAGCACUUCGACGAUACCUGAACCCACAGCCAUCUUCUAUCUCUGCCACCGAGCUAUCCAUGCACCUCCACGAUGCGCUCAUGAUCGACGCCGAUUCCGAACCUCAUGCGCCGAUGAUCCAGAUGCAGACCUAUGACCGACGAGGGCGUCAAUCGAAAUCCCGCCGCCGUGCAUCAGAUGAAUCUGGCAAAACAUCUGGGUCGCCGCCCACCGUCCGUCAACGCGAACCCCGAGAAAACAGUGAUUUCCUGCGCGUCAUCGUUCUUGAGAUGAAUAUGCGCCGAGUGGGCAAGCUUGAUUCGAAGGCCAUCGGCAGAGCGCGAAUUUGGCUACCGCCAAGGAAGCUCAGCGCGAACAAAACUACCCCCGUUCCUAGUGUGAACGGUGUACCAAAUCGAUGGACAGGGAUCUCGGCCUAA